GAACUGAACUGAAGACUGCUCUGAACUACUCUGUCUGUCCUGUCGUCUGCCGGUCUUGUCUUGGGUCUAUUAUUGUGAUUGUGCUGUAAUAAUGGCUUUACCUUUCAGUUUAGUUCUGAGAUUAAAUCAAAACAAAUUCGUUCAUCUUUGCAGAUCAGCUUAUUCGCUAUCAUCUCGUCACUACGCUAUUAGUAAUCGCACACCGAAAUACAUCACCGCAGGGAAAACCCGCAGUCACUUUGAUCGUAGCAAUACAGUUUUCAAGUCUACUCGUCUUCUGAGCACAAAUCCCGAGGCAGAGACAAUUGAAAAUGCUGAGCGAAACUAUGAGAAACACACUGAAAAGGCUAAAGGGGAAGGUGAAAAAUUGGAAUUUCAAGCUGAGACCAGAAUGCUGUUGGAUAUAGUGGCAAAGUCUCUCUAUUCUGAAAAGGAGGUGUUUGUCCGAGAACUAAUAUCCAACGCUAGCGAUGCUCUCGAGAAACUCAGAUAUCUCAGUCUGACCGAUGCUUCAGCUGAAGAUCUCGGCAAAACUGAGAUCAGAAUAUUUACUGACAAACAAAACCGGACAUUUAUAAUCCAGGACACUGGAGUCGGGAUGAACAAGGAGGAGCUGGUUUCAAACUUGGGUACAAUUGCUCGAUCUGGAUCAAAGGCAUUCCUCGAACAACUGAAGAGCAAAGGAGGAGCAGAGCAAGCCAACACUGUGAUUGGUCAGUUCGGCGUAGGCUUCUACAGCGCCUUCAUGGUGGCGGACAAGGUGGAGGUGUACACCAGAUCUCACCAGCCUGACAGUCCCGGCUACUACUGGGUGUCCGACGGGUCGGGUACUUAUGAGAUCCAGGAAGCAGAGGGUGUUAGCAGAGGUACUAAGAUAAUUCUGCACCUCAAGACAGAGAGCCGAGAGUUCAGUGAUGAACAGACUGUGCGAGGAGUCAUUGAGAAGUACAGCAACUUUGUCGGCAGCCCCAUCAUACUGAACGGGAACCAGAUAAACACUAUACAGCCUCUGUGGGUGAUGGACCCCAAGCAGAUCACGCCCGAGCAGUACACCGAGUUCUUCAGGUUCGUCGGCAACUCUUACGACAAACCUCGAUUUAUCCUUCAUUACAAGACUGAUGCACCGCUCUCCGUGCAAGCGCUACUGUUUUUCCCCGAGAGUAAACCAGGUCUGUUUGAGAUGAGUAAUGAAACGGACAUGGGAGUGUCUCUAUACACACGGAGGGUCCUCAUCAAGAGCAAAGCUGACAACAUCCUGCCCAAGUGGUUAAGGUUUGUCAAAGGUGUGGUAGAUUCUGAAGAUAUUCCCCUCAACCUCAGUAGAGAGUUGUUGCAGAACUCACCUCUUAUUAGGAAACUACGCACAGUGAUCACCAACAGAGUUCUUCGCUUCUUGCACGACAAAUCCACCAAAGAGAAGGAAAGUUUCGACAAGUUUUACAAGGACUACAGCAUUUUCCUGAAAGAAGGAAUCGCGACUAGCACUGACCAGCUUGAGAAGGAAGAGAUCGCCAAGCUCUUGAGGUUUGAGUCGUCCAGCCAACCAGCUGGUACUGUGACUAGCCUACCAGAGUACUGCAGCAGACUCAAGACCUCACAGAGGGAUAUCUACUACCUCUGCGCUCCCAGCCGCACACUGGCCGAGAGUUCUCCGUACCUGGAGGCUCUGCGUAGGAAGGACGUGGAGGUGUUGUUUUGCUACGAGGGCCACGACGAGUUGGUGCUGAUGCAGCUCAGAUCCUUCGACAAGUUCCAACUCACCUCCGUAGAGAAGGAGAUGAGGCAAGACAAAGAAGCCGAGGACCUUACAGACCUCGGUGCAGACAGCCUUUCUCGAAGUGAAAUCGACAAUCUAGUCAAGUGGAUUGAAACUACUCUGAAAUCUAGAGUCUUUGGCGUAAAGGUCAACAAGAGGCUAGAGUCCCACCCCUGUGUGGUGACUGUAGAGGAGAUGGCUGCUGCGAGACAUUUCCUCAAGACUCAAGCACACCAGAUGGAGGAGGAGAUGAGAUAUUCCCUGCUUCAGCCGAGACUCGAGAUCAACCCAAGACAUCCAGUAAUCAAGAAGCUGAGUGUUUUGUCAACUACAAACCCAGAACUCGCUGAAUUAGUCACAAAACAGCUGUUCUCCAAUGCAAUGGUUGGUGCUGGACUCAUCCUGGACCCAAGAACUGUUCUAUCAAAUAUGAACCAACUCCUGACUUUAGCAUUGGAAAAACAUUAAUGAAAAUAUUGAAAAUAUGUCUCUCUGUCUUGAAUUUCUUUUGUAUAUUUACUUCUUUAGACUGAAUAAAUUGUAAUUUAGUUUUUGUAA